AUGAGAGCAAAUGAGACGCGUGUACAUAUCUCUCCUGCUUCCGCGCGUACGGACAAACAACAAACAGUUUCUUCAAAUCACCAAAAGAAAAACGACGAUGAAAAUAGAGGUAUUCGUGACAGUCGUUUCUUAUCUGGUGUCGUCCAUGCCUCUCAUUCAUGGCCAAUUCGUUCUUGCCCGAAUACCCCCAUUCCCCUCUUAGCCUCGCCCUCCCCUGAAUCGACAUGCAUAAUCCUUGUUAAGCUAUGGACGUUUUUGGACAAAAUUUAUAGAAUUCAAUUGAAAUUGGACAUUCAAUUACGAAUGUCUUAUUAUGCAGGAAUGCUGGUUAAUGGGUUUUGGUUUUUAGAUUUUCGGUGUUGUAGAUUUGAUCGGUUUCUUAUUGGUGGUGGUUUUCGAUUUGAGGGAGUUCGUGUUUCUGAUCAAUGGCUCCAGAACCAGUUCUCACAAGCUCAACUUCGUAGCCUUAAAUCCAAGUUUAUACAUUUAAAGAAGGAAAAUGGUCAAGUUACUGCUGUUGACUUGCCACCCGUGCUUGUAAAAUUGAAGCCCUUCAAUGUGAUCUUCAAGGAGGAGGAAAUAAGGGAUAUAUUGUGUGAGCCUGGUAGCGAUGAGGGCAACAAACUUGACUUUGAAGGCUUUCUUAGGGCUUACAUGAAUUUACAGACACAAGCUGCUAAAAAAUUGGGUAACUCAAAGAAUGCAUCUUCAUUUCUUAAAGCAACAAACUCUACGCUACACACUGUGCAAAAUUCAGAGAAAGAAGUUUAUGUUGCUCAUAUCAAUAGCUAUCUCAGAGAAGACAAAUUUUUGAAGCAGUUUCUUCCUAUUGAUGCAUCCACCAAUGCUUUGUUUGAUCUUGUAAAAGAUGGAGUUCUUCUAUGUAAACUUAUCAAUGUUGCUGUGCCCAAUACAAUAGAUGAUCGAGCAAUUAAUACCAAAAGAGAACUCAACCUUUGGGAAAGAAAUGAAAAUCAUACCCUUUGCCUUAACUCUGCAAAGGCUAUAGGUUGCACGGUAGUCAAUGUUGGCAGCCAGGAUCUAGCUGAAGGAAGACCUCAUUUGGUACUUGGCCUAAUUUCUCAAAUCAUAAAGAUACAACUCCUGGCUGAUCUCAACCUUAGAAAGACACCUCAGCUUCUGGAAUUGGUGGAUGAGGAUGAUGAUGUCGAGGAGCUCAUAACAUUAUCACCUGAGAAAAUCUUAUUGAAAUGGAUGAACUUUCAUCUUAAGAAAGCAGGCUACACAAAAACUGUAACAAAUUUCUCUGCAGAUAUAAAGGAUGGAGAAGCGUAUGCUUACCUGCUUAAUGUUCUUGCACCAGAACACAGCAGCCCUGGUGCAGUGGUUUCAAAUGAUCCUGCUGAACGGGCCAAACUGGUACUGGAGCACGCCGAGAGGAUGAAAUGCAAAAGAUACUUGACUCCAAAGGAUAUUCUUGACGGCUCAACCAAUUUAAAUCUUGCCUUUGUUGCACAGCUCUUUCACGAAAGGAAUGGUCUAUCAAAUGAUAGCAGCAAGAGCAAGGUCUGUUAUGCUGAGAUGAUGAAUGAUGAUGAGCAAGUCUCCAGGGAAGAGAGAUGUUUCAGACUCUGGAUUAAUAGUCUUGGAAUUUCUACCUAUAUUAACAACGUCUUCGAGGAUCUCAGAAAUGGCUGGAUUCUUCUGGAAAUCCUAGAUAAGAUUUCUCCAGGAUCGGUCAAUUGGAGGCACACAACUAAACCACCUAUCAAGAUGCCAUUUAGAAAAGUUGAGAAUUGCAAUCAAGCUGUUAGGAUUGGAAAACAAUUAAAAUUCUCACUCGUCAACGUAUCAGGGAUCGACAUUGUACAAGGGAAUAAGAAGCUCAUACUUGCUUUCUUAUGGCAGCUGAUGAGGUUUAAUAUGCUUCAACUUUUAAAGCACUUGAGAUCUCGAUCCCAUGAGAUAACAGAUGGUUAUAUACAGAGGUGGGCCAAUAGAAAAGUCAAAUCCACAGGCAGAACUUCCCAAAUGGAGAAUUUUAAGGAUAAAAGCCUUUCAAAUGGGAUAUUCUUCCUUGAGCUUCUAACUUCCGUAGAGCCCAGGGUUGUCAAUUGGAACCUUGUAACCAAGGGUGUAAGUGAUGACGAGAAGAAGUUAAAUGCAACUUAUAUCAUCAGUGUUGCGCGAAAGCUUGGUUGCUGUAUCUUCUUGUUGCCCGAAGACAUCAUGGAGGUGAAUCAAAAAAUGAUGCUUAUGUUGACAGCAAGCAUUAUGUACUUUUACCUUCAGCAAUGUGAUGAAGAGACAGAAUCAACUCCAUCAUCAGUUACAGUCACACCAGAAGCUUCCCCAGCCCCUUCUUUUUACGGGGAUGAUGGUAUUGGUAUUGGUGGUGCGUUUAGUGGAGACUAUUUCAACAUGUCUAUGGAUGAUGCAGCCUCAGAUACCACUUGUGCUUCCAAUCUUGAAGACAUCGCUUCACUGUAA